AUCCCAUCGCCAUGGCGAGCAUUCGACAACCUGCCAUCCGACAUGUGUUCCGGCCUCUUUUGAACCCCCGUAUCUGCCAGCGGCGAUGGGCGCAGGUCCACGAUGUGCGCUUUCUGGCUACCCACGGCGCACAGGAACGUGUCAUAGCGAAGUACCACGAGAAGCUUGACCGCAAAGCGAAAGAAGAAGGUCUGAGGGAUAUCUCUGAACUCAAGCAAGCAUACAAAGACAAAAUCGAGGAUCUACGAAAGCAAGCCGCAGUACCCGGUGCCACUGCGCCUCUCGAGCUCGAUACCUCUUCGACGAGCACAGGCUCGCCGUUUCCCUCUCCUCCCCCUCCCCCCCCUCCCCCGGGGCCCAAAACGCAGUCUUCAACCCCAUCUUCUCCACCUCCAGGCCUCAAAACCCUCUCCUCCUUCAUCGACGUCCCAAAAACUCUCGAGCUACCACCAAAAGAGAUAGAAACCAUCUGGCGCCUACGGCAUGCUUCAAACCCUGACUCUCUAAGCUUCAAUUUACCACACGACACAUGGCGCAUCAUUGCGCAAACCGCAGACAAGCAUCCACAAUUCAUUCUCCCGCUACCCCGGGAAGGACAGGGUGCCGAAAUACACUUUCUUCAGUGGGCGCAACCGGCACCACAUACUACAACCCUGCUUUUCACGCAUUUGGCAGAGUACAAGCUGCGAGGCGAAUAUAGCACACCACACACAACAGUGUCGUUCCAUCAGGAGCUCGCUGACCCAAAAGGUCUGAUCCUGGGACACGGAAGCGUGCUGCCAGAUCGUGGUGUCAGUGUAGACGAGGCCAAAUGGCUUCUCAUGUGCUUGCAGAAGUUCUACGGUAUGCAGGCUAAGGAAAGUACGGAGCGGAAGAAGCUGUUGGAGCAGUUCAGCAGUGGAGAUGGCAAUUUCAGGGUCGAGGCCUUAAUAGAAGAGGCGGAGAAGAUUGUAUAGUACGGUCGAGCUAUGUAUAAAGACCUUUAGGUUGUGUGUAGUAUGACUGGGGUAUCGAAAAGUAGAGUCUCGGUGUUCCGGCGAAGAUGCCGAGUUAUCCCAAUUUUCUAACACUAGCAGACGUUGUAAACCCUUCCAAACGUGAUUUACAAUUAACAUUUGGACUGCUGGGUCCAGCGUCGUAUGUCGAUCUGUUCACAAUUGUCUUUAGAAGGGUCGGCUCAAUUGCAUCCAACAUGGGCAGAUGCGCUGUGAAUCCAUGGCAUUUGUUUCUAAACGGAUAGGAGCCAAGCCAUCACUAAUCUGC